GUGGCGCAUUAACUCUGUAACUAAAACUAAGUGCUAAGAAGCCACGGCAGCUGUUCGGGAGGUCGACUCAUUUUGACCAUUUUCAACUCCCAUUGACGUUGUCGUUUCGUGACUCGAGUCUGCGCAUUAAAUAUAGAAUCGAGAGACAUUCUGCAAUACCGCAAUGGCGACAACACUACGGAAUUUCCAGAGCGAAAUCGAACAAAUCCACAAUCGCGAAUUUGCGAAACAGAAAGUUAAUGGGGCGGAGCAACUUCAGAAAGAGCAGAAGUAUUCUCAAGUCAAAGGCAAGGCCAAGGAAGGGGCUGUCAUAGAACUUGCUAAAGCGGGAACGGAGGAGCUUCGAGAUUCAGCAGAAGCAGAAGAGAAGAUACUGGAACUCUUAUCAAGCAAAGUAUCAGCUAAUCAUGACAGCGCCCGCGACAUACUUGCAGCAUUGUUAACGCAGAAUCACGGCGAAUAUGUGCUCCGUAUUGGCGCCCAACCCUCUAAAGCAAAACUCUUUGCAGGGGACCUAGAUAAUGAUGUCGCGGAAGACUGGAGCGGCAUUGAACGAACAGAGGACAUGUCAAACUUCUUGCUUCAGGAAAUCACCAACACGGUAGAGGAAGUUGGCGGGAAGACCUCACUUCUAUUCGAGGCUCACGGAAAGCACCCACGUAAAUCACUACUCCUGCGGUUACCUCCUCCAAGUGUCUCUUUAACACCGGAAGUUCGUUGUGCUGUUGUUGGAAAUGUGGACAGCGGGAAAUCGACGACUUUGGGAGUAUUGACGCGUGGUGCUCUGGAUGACGGACGAGGCAGAGCACGAGUGAGUUUGUUCCGCCAUAAACACGAGAUUGAGACUGGGCGGACGUCUAGUGUUGGAAUGGAGAUCCUUGGAUUUGCUCCUUCAGGUUCUCCAAUCCUACCUGAAACGACUAUUUCGAAUGAUACAGAAGUAGUUCGACGCGAAAAGCUUGGGUGGGAGGAGAUUUCCGUUCAGGCUUCAAAGAUUGUAUCCUUUAUAGAUCUUGCUGGACACGAACGAUAUCUCAAGACAACACUCUACGGUCUAACCUCUGGUGCUCCCUCUUGUGUCAUACUGAUUGUCGGAGCAAAUGCCGGGCUUAUUGGAAUGUCAAAAGAACAUCUUUCUAUCGCUCUUGCCUUGAGUGUGCCGGUUGUGGUGUGCAUUACCAAGAUUGAUAUGACCCCAGCCAAUGUUCAAGCAGAAACUAUCAAACAAGUUGUGAAAAUAUUGCGUAGUCCUGGGUGUCGCAAAGUUCCUGUGUUUGUAAAAUCAAGCGAAGUAGCGGUGGAAAUAGCAACUGGCUUUGGAAAGGAAAAGUUAUGUCCUAUCUUCCAAAUUUCGAAUGUCACCGGUGAAGGUCUUGGAUAUCUUCGUACAUUCCUCAAUCUUCUUCCUUCAAGUGAAGGUGACACCGACAAGUUUGCUGUCGAUCAGCCCCUUGAGUUUUCUGUCACUGAAGUGUGGUCCGUUCCAUAUGUGGGCACUGUCGUAAAUGGCAUUGUGAACGGUGGCAGCAUAAAAACCGGUGAUCCAGUCAUGCUAGGUCCCGAUUCAAAUGGGAAUUUCCAAAGCACAGUUGUAAAGAGCAUGCAGCGGAAAAGAGCGCCAGUGACUACAGCCGAAGCGGGUCAAUGUGUUAGCUGCGCCUUGAAGCGAAUAAGACGAAAUACAGUUCGAAAAGGAAUGGUCAUGGUCUCGAAGUCGGAAAUACUCCCGAAAGCAACGAGACAAUUUCAAGGUCAAGUUUUGAUCCUUUACCACAACACUACGCUGCAGAAGAAUUACCAGGCGAUGUUACAUUGUGGGGCUAUACGACAAACAGUGCGAAUAAUAGAUAUGGACCAUCCUCAGGGAGUCCUGCGUACCGGAGACCGUGCGACGGUAUCCUUUGAGUUUAUCUCUCAUCCCGAAUUCGUCAAGGAAGGUAUGAAACUUUUGUUUCGAGAAGGGAAAACCAAAGGCCUAGGCGUUAUAACAAAGUUAUUAUGAUUAUCUUAUCUUAUUGAAGUAAUGUUGUAUUGCCGGCUGAACUUGUUCGGGUUGUAACUUGUAUGACUGGUUUUUGAUGUUGUAUGUACUUUAAAUACCUUGGUUGUACUGUUUGCUAUAUAAUGUUCAACUUCAACUUAUAUCAGUGGU